ACUGUGUGACCUUUGAAGAGCAUCUUCUCGGAGACAUUGGUGGAACUGUCCCUUGUUCCCAUCACCCAGGACUUGGACCCUAUGGAGAAUGCAACAUCGUGGAUUUCCAAACCGAUCUGCAGGAAGUUGAACCAGGAAUCAGGUCUCUGUGUAUCUACUUCCUCUUGGCUGAGGUCAUUCCUGACAAUGCUUUUUCGCACCUACCAACCUUGGAGUUCCUGUAUAUAACUGGAAACAGUCUGAAAAGGGUUCAAUCUGGUGCCUUUUCCCAACUCUCUAACCUCAGGUAUCUGAGUUUGCUUUUAGACGACAGGGGAUGCAGCAGUGUUGCAAUGGACUCUACUGUCUUUGCUGGGUUGAGUCGAUUGGAAGAAUUGUCUUUAGAAGGUCUGAGGUGGACUUUUAUGGGUGUUUCCAACGCCACAUUUGACCCUCUCCUCUCUUUAUCUAAGCUGUCUCUAAACAGGAUUUGCCUUCAGGAACUUGCAGAGGUUUUUUGUCAUCUUUCAAAUAGAAUGUCUUACUUGAAACACCUCAAAGUGAUCAACAGUGGCAUCACUUCAAUCAGGAACCGGAUGCCCGGAUGCCCAGGAUCUUCCAAACCAUGGCCUUCAAACGUACUUGCAGGGGUGCAAACUCUAGACCUCAGAGAGAAUGAGAUUAAAAUCAUUGAGGCGAAUUCUUUAAGAGUCUUUCAAAACCUUUCGAGUCUCACCUUAAGCUUUUAUGGCGUUUGGCUCGGAAGCAUUUGGGAGUCUGGAGUUGGAGAGGUCAGUGAGUUUGAAUUGGCCGGGGUUGUUUUAAACGAGUAUCAAACAAACUUUAAGGACUUGUGUCGUCUAGUUUCUCGAUUAAACCUUCAAUCUCUUGUGCUUACUUUUGUAAAAGUGCGCAAAUUGUCUGCCGAAGAUGUGAAGGACUGUGGGAAAGGUCUAAAAGAGCUUUCGAUAUUCAAUUCAAACAUAGAGGAGCUGGACUUAGGGUUCUGGACAAGCAUAUUAAGUACCAAGGUCUUGCACAUGACCAACACAGGACUGACCACAGCCCGGUUUUGCGAUGUCGCCAAUGGAACCAUGGAACUGUGGAUGGAAUUGAAGACUUUGGGUCUUGGGAACAAUCAGAUAAAGACAGUCGAAACCAACCAGUUUCUUUGCAUGCCUCAACUUGAGCAACUUCUUCUCAAUGACAACAAGAUCCAAACUUUGGAACCUGGAGCUUUCAGAGGUUUGCUUCAACUUAAAGUUCUCAAACUCAACUCAAACUCAAUCAAGAUGCUCGCUGCCGACGACUUCCGUUCACUCUGGGCUCUUGAAAUCCUGCUGAUUGACAAUAAUGUAAUUGAGAGUAUCGAUCAUGGAACGUUUAGAGAUCAGAAGGAACUACGAGAGCUGACAUUUGGUAGACUGGAGUAUGUCUAUACUCUGCAUCUGAGUUUGCUGUUUUACGGAUUUCCAGAGAAAAUGCAGCGUCUCAGCAUCGAUGCACAUUAUGGGACUACUAUCUACGCAGGCGAUGCAGGACGACCCAAUGAUUCCUUCGUAUUAGAACUGAACGGAGACGUUCUCAACAUGGGUGACUUGUAUUCUCCGUUCCUCGAGUCAGUCCGAGAGCUCAAACUCAGUGGAACCACCUUCUUUUUUAAGUGUUCCUUCUUUGUGCCGUACUUUUCCAAUCUGGAAUCUCUGGAAUUGCUUGGGAAUCCCGAGCGGGUGCACGUUAACUACUCUGGAAUUAGCAGUUUGCGUCAACUAAAGAAGCUCAAACUCAUCAAUCUCAACUUCUCCAACCACACGAAUCCUGGAAUGACCUUCUGGAACCUAAAGAUGCUCCGUAUCCUCGUGCUCCACGACUGUCACUUUAGUUUCCUGACCAAGCGAAUGUUCAGAGAUCUGCGGUCCCUGCAGCUGCUGCGACUCUACAGCUCCAGCCCGUUGAUUUUACACGAUGGGAUGUUCGAGGUUCUUCCAGCUUUAAGAGCAGUGGUGUUUGACCUCGUGGAGUUUCGCUGCGAUUGUGAAAACGGCUGGUUUCUAGACUGGGCAGAGAGCUCCAAGCAAGUGCAGGUGAUUGAUCUGCAGCGUCAGCAGUGCGUUUGGCACUACCAGAAGCGUGAUUACCUCUCCACCAUGGAGAAGCUGUGUCAGACAGAUGUGCAGUACCUGUGCUACCUGUGCUCAUCCAUCGCCAUCGCUCUGCUGCUGUCUGCUUCCGUCGGUUAUCGCUUUGCGUACUGGUCCUGCGUGGUUCUCUUCUUCCGUCUGAGGGGAUAUGUGGAGAGGAAGCUUGGCAAGAAGCGGAGGAUAAAAAGAAGAAGAAGAGAGAGGCAGGGAGACGAGGAAGUGGAAGUACAGGUGGAAGAGGAAGAGGAAGAGGAGAUGAAGUUUGAUGCAUUCGUGUCGUUCAGUAGGCAUGAUGAAGCCUGGGUUUUGGGGGAGUUGGCGCCAAGACUGGAGGAGCGAGGUCAGCCCAGGCUGAGACUGUGCCUGCACAGCCGGGACUUUGAGGUGGGUAAAGGAAUAGUGAAUAAUAUCUCAGAGAGUAUCUACAGGAGUCGGCGUACAGUGUGUGUGCUGAGUCGUCAGUAUCUGCGCAGUGAUUGGUGCAGCCUGGAGAUGCGAGUGGCGACCUACCGUCUCCUGGAGGAGCAGGAGCAUUCCCUCAUCCUCAUCUUCCUCCAGCACAUCUCCCCCUUCCAGCUCACCGCUUUCCACCGGUAA